CUUUAAGGGGGCUGGGACUGUUCAACCGCUUGGCUUGCAUAUGGAAUUUUUUUUUUUUUUUUCACUUCCUUUUCACAGUGAAGACAUAACCGCUGCAGCCAGCCCGGAGGAAGCACUGCAGCUCUUGGUCUGUUUGGAGUGAGAAAACAGCUGGACUGAAGCUCAAACUCCACCUGGAAACCAACAUAUCUGAAGUGAGAGCGGCUCCUGGAGGAGCUCAGGAGCACAUCCGGAGGAGCAUUGGAUUUUACUGGUCGGGUCCACCCAGACAAAAUGACCCACAGUUGUGUAGGCUGCAGCACCAAUCAGGAAGCAGCUGUGGGUGGCUAAAGGGGAAGAGCUCACAGGUGAAGCAGACAGAGAACAGCAGAGGAUCAGCAGGCGACCAUGCUGAGGAGAAACACGCUCCCCACCAACAGCAGGAGCACCAGGAGCAUACCCAGGUUCUAACGUAUCAUAAACAGUUGACCAGUCACAGCGGAGUGGGCCUUUUUAGGACUGGGUUUCAAACAGAAAUAGGAUGAGGUAUAGCUUCAGACUCAUCUACAUUUUCUCCUAUAACUUGUUCCAGUUCUGUGGUCACACAUGGAUCCUGGCCAACACCAUCGCAAGGUUUUUCACCUUUGGUAAAGACGCUCUAGCAGACACCUUCUACUCCGUGGGCUUUGUGAUGAGCCUGUGCCAGCUGCUCUCCAUCCUGGAGAUCUUCCACAUCGCAGAUGGGAUCGAGAGGGCGCGGCUUCUUCCUCGCUUCAUCCAAGUGAUGGAGAAGAACAUCCUGCUGAUGAUGGUCAUCAUGUUGGAGGAGAUCCAAAGUACGCCAGUGGUGUGUGUGCAGUUCUUCCUGUGGAAUAUAAUGGACCUCUUACGGUACCCUCAUGAACUUCUGUCCGUUAUGGAGAGACCCUCCAUCGCCAUGUUGUGGAGCCGUUACUCUCUCUGGAUUCCCGUGUACAUCCUGUCAGUCGCCAACGAAGGUGUCAUCGUUUAUCAGGCCCUGCCGUACCUGGAGCAGUCAGCCUCCCGCUCUGCUUACAUUCACCUCCCCUUCCUGAUGAUGCUCUACCUGUCGCUCCUCACUGUAGGAGCCCCAGUAACAGUGUGGCAGCUGCUGAAGGAGAGGAAGCACCAUCUGGACAAAUGGUACAAGAGGAAGAAGAAGAAAUGAUACGCCGUUUGCUUCCUCGGGGAUGGAUCUAAAGUGAAUAACCCCAGACAGCAAAGAAAAACAAACAAGAAGGAACAUUUAGCGAAACGGUUUUAAUGAAGACGUGGUUCUGACAGAGCAGGAAUUCUGUUCAUGACCCAAAAAAGAGCAAAACCAAAGGUCCUCCUCAAGUUUCUUUCACCAAGUAGGACAGAUGAUUUCUGUGCAGGUGUUACCAUGGUUACAGCAUGCUGGGGUUCUUCUGAACUACCAGCCAUAAGCUCUGGUCCACACGGCCUUCUUCCUGAACUCAGCGGAGGACUUCAGACCCAAGAGAGCAGCUGAAACAAGAGCAGAACACUGAUGAUGGAGAACUCUGAGCUUGAAUAGAUGUUCCUCUUUCAGAAGCUUGGUUCCUGUGGGGGACAGUCGUGAACACUUAGAAUAAAUGAAAGAAGGUGUUUGUGUAGUGGACCGUUCUAAACUCGCCACACUAACAGCAGAGCCAUUCUAACAUGACAAUGAGUAGCUCCUAUAGUUCACUACCCUGCACAUGUGUCCCUUUAGGUAGGUUUUAUAGUGCAGAUCGCUUCAGGACUGCAUGCAGUCAGGUCUGUUCCCCCUGGACAACAUCAUAGUUCAAUCUGCUCCCCUAAGGCCAGGCUAUUCAAGUUUCAAAUAGUUUUCCAGGUUUCCUCAAGGUAUUCCAAACCUUUGCUUUGGCUGCUCAUUUCUUCAUCCACACCAAUUUCAGAGGAAUGAUUUGGUUUGUUCUUGUUCAUUAGGCUGCACUAUAACCUUUAAACCAUGAGGUAGAAAUAAUUAAACAUAAAAUAAACAUAAUAUUUUAGCUAUAAAGAGCUGUUAGUUGAAUACUUGGCAUGUAAAGGAGAUUGCAAUCAAGUAAAAAUAAACGAUGCAUCUCUUAGUCCCUGUUUCCAGUCUUUGCUGUUUUCUUUCCUGUUUCUUAUGGAGUAACUCAACCCCAACAAGCAUUUUUUGCCAAUAAACUGUUAAUAUGGUUGCUUUAAAGUA